GCCUGCGGGCACUCUCCGGGCUCUCCCGGGCGACCUGCUCUUGGGCGUCGCGGGCGGUGACUCGCAGCACGGCAGCCUCCAAGCCCUUGCAGGGCUCUGGGAGGGCGGGGCCCUACUCUGGCGACAGCCUUGAAGGAGGAGAACCUGUUAGGAUCAGGACUGUAACGGGUUAACUUGGGAAGCUGUGAUUAUAGGCUCGUUUGUGUUCCAGAUUCUGAUGGUGUUAGUGAUGGAAUCUGCCUCAGUUUACACUGAGUUCUCUGGCUGAAGAGCAGGAAAAAAAUCAAGGUGAAUGAAGAAAAUGAAUCUUUCCCCAAAGGGGAUAGAAGGUGGGGAAGAUGAGAUAUCAGAAGAUAAGGACAAUGGCGGUAGAGAUGAGGUGGUCCUCCCUCAGAAGAUUGGCAAGAAGGAUACCACUGUUCCAGGAAAGAAAGUAGGGGGAAAAAAGUCUCUGGCUCCCGUGUUUGCUGAUAAAUUAAUAUCACCAAGCAGCAAGGGGUCCACGUGGGCCAAGCUGGCACAGGACAGGAGGAAUGUCAAGCUUGAGGACCGUGAGAACCACGAGGAGAAUGAAUAUAAGACCAGUGAGUUGGGUCAGGCUGAGAAAGAGUCUAUCAAAAAAACACCUGGUAAGCGGAAGAAGGAAAUGGCCAAACAGACGGCCUCCCCUGGAAACAAAAAACAGAAAUUUGGAGAUUUGAAGAAAGUUGGUGCUAUUAGUGGGCUAAAGAAGAAGGAGUGUCAAGUGGAGAAAAACGAACACUUCCGACAUAUUCUUCUGUUUGAGUUUAAUAGAGGAGUCAAGGCAGCGGAGGCGGCUCGAAACAUUUGUGCCGUGUACGGGGAGAAUGCCAUCGGGGAAAGCACGGCAAGAAAAUGGUUUUGCCGUUUCAAAGAGGGCCACUUUGACCUGAGCGACUCUCCGCGUUCAGGAAGACCCUCGGGCUUUGAUGAAGACCGUCUAAACGCUGUACUCCGUGAGGACCCAUGCCAGUCAACCCGAGAAUUAGCAAACGUGAUGAACUGUGAUCAGUCAACCAUCGUGCGACAUUUACAUUCCCUGGGCAAGCGGAAGAGUGCUGCGAACUUAUGCAUCCCCCCAGUAACUUGUUUAAUCUGUAAGACAGUCCUCAGUAGCAAUUAUCAUCGUUAUCCCCGUCUUACAAAGGAGGCAGUUGAGGAACAGAGAAGUGAAGUGACAUCUCAGUCUCACACAGCUAGAGAGUGGCAGAGCGAAGAUUUGAGCCCCAGACUUGGGUUUCAGAACCUGUGCUUUAAUCGCGAAUUGCGCCACCUGCCAUGAGUUUUGUCACAUUGAUCUUUUUUACAGUUUUUGAUGACUGUAUUUGAGAUAUUUGCAGUAAAUAAGGACUCCUUUUGCAUGGAAAGGAAGUCUUAUUGUAAUAGCCGUUGGGUCUGCUAACACAUUCCACGUUAGGAAUGAUGUUUUCCAAUUCACAAAUGCAGAUAACUAUUUCUUAAAACAAAAACUAAAAAUUUUGUAAUUUUAAACUAUAAUUUCUGUGACUUUUGUUUGAAUUUUGUUAGUUGUUCAGUAGAAGACUAAUAAAGAUGUCAGCAGGAAAA